AUGUCAAAUCAAUCGCCAUCCAAAUCAGACAUGACUAAUUGCUCGGUGACAGGCGACAGCAAUGGCGUUGGUUUUGAGCCAAUUAGAAAUUUCAAAUGGACUACAAGAUUUGAAAGGUGUUUGCUACUAAACAUGAAGGGCCUGAAGCCUAGUGGAAUUAACAAACACUUAAGUAUAAUUCUACUAAAAGAAAAAAUGUCUAAAGAGUUGCAAGUUAAUGUACCAAUUAAGCUUCUAUGGAAUUAUGUGUCAUCUAAAUGGGAUAUUAGAGCUGCUGAUAUUAUAGAAAAUAUAAGUUUUGAUACAAGUAAGAAAGACUUUGAAUUACCAGAAGAGUUUGACCAGUUGAUUGUUGAAGAAGGAGAAAAAAUUAAAAGACUAGAUGAAGAAUGUUCAAAUAAUGAAAUUCAGAAGAAAAUAUUAUUAAAUUGUGGUGUUAAAACCAGAUCCAAGUCUAAUUCUAUGUCCUUUCUAGACCCGAAAGAUGGUGUCAAUGAGACGAUUCCUUCAACAUUAUUAGAAAGCUCUCCAGCUAAAACAAAUGAAGUUGGAUCUGACAAUGUCCCAUGUACUAGAAGAUUAUUGCGUUCAAAUGACAAACUAAAAAAUAGUAAACUUGAUGAAAAAAACAAGUUAAAAUAUUUGGAACAGUUAAAUAAAACAACAUCAAAUCAGUCUAAAGAUGUAGAGAAGAUUGAAAAAAUCUCAAAUCGUACAGGUCGAAAAAGAAAAAUUAGACACGAAUCAGAAUCUAGUUUUUUUUCUGAUAAUAACAAACAUUGUAAGAUUUAUAAAAAUAAUUUAACAGAUUUAAAAAGUUUGGGAUGUACUUUCAUGAGGCAGGCUACCUUGUAG